AUGUGGUGCCUGACCUCGUUGAUUUUCACCCUGAUCGCACGGACACUGGCCGCACCACUCUCAAGCGAGAAACCGAUGGUUCUAUUCACGUGUCCAGAAGUGGGUGACUGUUAUGCGAGCCCUCGGAACUGCGUGGAUGAAUGCAAUGCUGCAUUUAGUAUGUGGCAUAGAGACGGAAGGACGACUUUCAAUAUCACCAUGUUGUCUGGCCUUGGAUAUGUUGCUUUGUUAAUAAGAGAUAGGGGAACAAAAAAUUAUGACAAGGCCAUCGUGUGUUCAUUCCAUCAGACAAGAGGUAUUGUGGCCAAAGUGGACUAUCCGGAUCCACUGGUUAUCCAUGAGUUCAUCGAAACUACGGAGCCUGAAGGAAACACAGAUUCGCUGUACACACAGUGCUCCACUAGCGCUGAAGUGGCGAUGCCAACACGAGCGCAUUUCAAACUACUGAGCGGAAAAUGGGAAAGUGAACUCGUGCUUGACGAAAGGCUAGGUAUUGAUGUGGUUCCGGCAGUGGAAAAUGCAAAAAUUCUCUCAACCAAUGAGCCGCUGAACAUCCCAGCCCCGAAACGAAAGCCAGCUGUCCGUGCAUCAACGUCGAGCGAAGUGGACAUGGAUAAAGCUUCCGAGUCGUUUAUUCAGAAGAAACAAUUUGAAAAGAAAAGUAAGGAGGAGAAGGAGGCGAAAUUAAACGAGAUGAAGAAGAGGAUCGAGAAAGAAGAGGAGGAUAGGAUGAAGAAAGAAGAUGAUGAGGAUGAUGAUGAUGAAGCCGAGGAGGUCACUAAGAAAUCUUCAAAGACGAACGUGAAAGAAACUAAGGGAAAAGAUGAACAGUCGAAGAAGACUAAAGAUAAGUCCAAAAAAAUGAAGGGAAACGAAGAUGAUGAUGCAGAAGAAGAGGAUGAUGAAGAGAAAAAGAACACAAAGAAGACCAAAAAAGGCGAUGACGACGAAGAUGAAGAAGAGGAGAAGGAGAUCCCCAGAUUCCGAGAGUAUGAGGAUGAAGAUGACGAGCAUCAAUAG